AUACAACUAGCAAUCAAUCAGUCAUUUAUGUGUUGAUCGUUAUAAUGGGAAAUAAGAUCUCUUGUUGUAAAGCAAACAGUCCUCAAACGCACCGCAAGAAACACCACUCAGAGGCCCAUCACGUGGUCAUCGACGACAACCACCUCAACGAUAGGGUCGGACCUAAUCUGCAGCACAUCAGCGAACGAGAGCCCGAAGACAACGAGACCGACCCCUCCUCUCAUCCGACCGCUGGACCUCUUUUUAUGCAAAGAUCUCGAAGUGAUAUCAGAUGCCACAGAAAAAGCCAAAUAAAUUUACUAGAGUCGCGUCCGCUCAAGAAAUCCAGUUCCUGUUCGACCAUAUAUUUAGACGACAGUACUGUUAGUCACCCGAACCUGAAGAACACCAUCAAAUGUGUCACACUUGGCAUCUAUUAUCACAUCCGCAACAGGAAUUCCGACCGAACUCUCGAUAUAUUCGACGAAAGACAACACCCCUUAACCAAGGACGGUAUGGCCAACACUCACGAGAUCCGAGAGCCCGACCACCGGACGAUAUACCGGUUUAUGAGGACACUGUUCAGCGCCGCCCAACUGUCGCCGGAGUGCGCUAUCAUUACACUCGUAUAUCUCGAG